CUAGUGUUGGAUCAACAUACAUUUUAUUCGAUCAAUGAAUACCAAAAAAGAUAGAGGUGGUGAAAACCUACAUCCGCGUCAAAAAGACUGGUUGAGUCUCGGCGUAGGGCAACGUUAUAGUUCAAGUUCAACAACCAACAACACAUCCAUGAAGUUGUACUUAUGUAACUUUUGCAAGAGAAAGUUCUAUAGUCCUCAAGCCUUAGGAGGGCAUCAAAAUGCCCACAGAAGGGAGAAAGAAGCCGCUAGAAAUGCUUUCAUUGCUAACAACCGAUUCAUAGAUAUACAUUCCGUUGUUGAGGCACCCAUACGAGACAUUGAUAUCAAUAUUGAAGCCGCAAAUGAAGUUAUUCGUCCCCCUUUGCAGAAUUAUGAUAUGGAGGAGUCUGCGGACUUGAAGUGGAUAGGAACUUCGUAUUCGAAUGUGCAACCAGUUUACGAUCCACAUACGUUGGAUUUAGAUCUCAAGUUGUGACUUGGA